AUGGGCGGUUCAGCGUUUGCUUCCGGGGAAAAUCCCCUCUACACACCCCGCAUGCCAUCUCACGUAUACGAGCUGGUCAAGAGCCGUUGCAAGAGCGCUCUCCGCGACUUGUACAUCUACGUGGCGAGUCCCAUUGACGGUCCUGCCAAGAGGGACUACGGUGAUGUCGACGUUCUAAUGACCUGCGCACGGGGCGAGUUCACAGGAAGGAGCGGGGAAGACGUAUUCCCCGAAACCGUCGUCAAAGCCAUCCAGCAUGCCCUGGGAGCCGAGCAUGUGCUGGCCGAAAGAGGCGGCUCGCAUUUUGCCGUUCCCUGGCCGAAGGACCUUCCUGCCGACAGCUACGCAGCCGGGCAGCCCCAACGCUACAUCCAGGUCGACGUGACCAUCUCGCCGUCCAUCGCUGCGUUGCAAUGGACCUUGUUUAAGCACGCACACGGCGAUAUUUGGAGCAUCCUCGGCUCCGUCAUCCGUCCCUACGGAUUGACCGUUGACGAGCAGCGCAUGUUCCUACGCAUCCCCGAGAUCGAGCAGACGAACAAGAACAAGGCUAAGAUUGAACUGACGGAUGACCCGUGCGAGAUUCUCGAGUUUCUAGGCCUACCGAUUGCUGGAUUCUGGGAGACCCCAUUUCCGACUCUAUUCGACAUGUACGAGUACGUCGCUCAGUGUCGCAUGUUUUGGGUUCGCCCCGGCAAGGAAGAAGUCGACGAUCAUGGGCAGACGCACGACUCAGCCCAGGAUAAGGCGAAGCUCAAGUCUAAUGAUCGUAAAAGGAUGAGCUCAAGGCCGAAUUUCAGUAAGUGGAUCGACGAAUUUGUGCCACGCUGCCGUCAGGAGGGUCGGUACAUGACGCAGCGGACGUCUCGGGACAAGAUCAGGCAGGAGGCUUUUACCCGUUUUCACGUCGAAGCCGAAUACAACCGACGGCUGGAUGAGUACAUCCGAGAGAAACAGACCGAUGCGGUAUGGAAGGACAUCAAGGGCGCUUUUCCCGCCGCGGACCCGACCGACAAGUACGCCUGCCAGUAUCGAGGUUGCACGAUCAAGGCGUUGAAGAAGGUCAUCAUCGAAGGUCACACGGGCUUUGGCGUUUUGCCGGAGGAGGAUUCGCCUAUGAGGGACAAGGAUGGGUUCUUCAUCUUGGAGAAUGUGCACGAUUUUAUCAGCCGAAAGGGCGAAGAGGUUGGACGAGCUGCGAUGGCACGGCACCAUCAAGCAUAUGAGGAUCUGCUCGAGACAAGGGGCCCCAAACGGAAGCAGGAGACCAGUUCCGAAGUGGCAUAG